AUGGAUGAAGUGACGGAGCUGGAGCUGGGGGGCAACUCCCUGCUGAAGGCCGUGUGGCUCGGGCGGCUGCGGCUGACCCGGCUGCUGCUUGAAGGGGGCGCUUACAUCAACGAGAGCAACGACAAGGGCGAGACGGCGCUGAUGGUGGCCUGCAUCACCACGCACGUGGACCAGCAGAGCAUCCACAAGGCCAAGAUGGUGAAGUACCUACUGGACAACAGAGCCGACCCCAACAUCCAGGACAAGUCUGGGAAAACCGCGCUCAUGCACGCCUGUAUCCGAGGGGCUGGGGGCGAGGUGGUGUCCCUGCUGCUGGACAGCGGGGCAGACCCCAGCCUGGAGGACCACUCGGGAGCCUCGGCGCUGGUCCACGCCAUCAAUGCCGAGGACAAGGCUGUGCUGCAGCGCCUCCUGAAUGCCUGCAGAGCCAAGGGGAAGGAGGUGAUCAUCAUCACCAUGGACACAUCAGCCUCCGGCACCAAGACCGCCAAGCAGUACCUGAACGUUGCCCCUGCUCUGGAGUUCAAGGAGAGGGCUCCCCCGGAGGAGGGCACAGCCCCCUCCAGUGCUCACCCGAAAACUCCCACCUCAGCACCUUCCCCUACCGAGAAGGAGAGCAGCAUUGUCACCCCACACCCUUCACACACCGGGGACACCGAGCCACCGUCCCCGGGCCGGAGAGCUGGCACUGCCCGCAGAGCCCAGCUGCCCCGGCUGAAGCGGCUGCGGUCAGAGCCGUGGGGUCUGGUGGCACCCUCGGUGCUGGCGGCCUCGAGUCACCGCGACGACACUCGUGUCUGCGCUGACAGUGAGCUCAUCACGGGCAUCGGCGACCUCUCCCUUUCCAAAAAACCCUCCCUCACCCGCAGCAGCAGCAGCAAGGGAAGGGACCCCGCUCUCUUUCCCCCGGUGGAUGAGCAGGCGCCGGGGCCACUGGCAUGGAAAGCCACGCACGAGAAGAGCCCAGGCACCCACCCGUGCCUGUCCCGAAGCGUCACGGUCCCGGAGGAGCCAGAGAGCACCAGCUCGGCCGCAGGGAUGGACACUCCGCACUGGUGGAGGCCAGGAACUGAGCACAGCGGAGACUCGCAGGCCACCGAGGCGGGCAAGGGGCCCUCAGAGAGGAGGAAGAUGAGCGGGUCCCACCUGGCCCUGCUGGAUGGCUCCUGUGGCUCUCCCUCGGGCAGCACCAGCACAUCGCCCAGCACCGCCCGGCGCCGGCCCCCCGGCUUGCUGGAGAGGCGAGGAUCCGGGACCCUGCUGCUGGACCACAUCUCCCACACAAGGCCGGGAUAUCUGCCCCCCUUGAACGUGAAUCCCAACCCCCCGAUUCCCGACAUUGGCUCCAGCAAAGCCCCCUCCCCCCUGGCUGCUGGGCUGAAGCCGCUGGUGCCCCUCACGCCCAGCUCGCCCAGGCGGGGUGAUCUGAGAGCUCACAGGAAGCUCCUCCGCAGACAUUCCAUGCAGGCAGAGCAGAUGCGGCACCUCUCCGACUUUGAGGAGGUCGUGGCGCAGUAG